GCGUGAACACAAAGCACCUGUUGCUGCUCUCCAACACACACAAGACUCUUCUACACCUCUUGGAGUGCAUAAACUGCUGCUUUUACACAUCAGAACAUCAGACACAGAAUGAUGAUGGCUGCCUUCAUGUGCAAGACUUUGACUUUAUUCUUCAUCUGCAUGGCUCUGCAAGAGGGUUGUGGACUCCCGUUAUCAGACCGGGCAGAGCUGCCAGCUCAGGCUCCACAUCCACACCGCGUCAGGACCAAACGCUGCUCCUGUAACAGCUGGGAUGAUAAAGAAUGCAUCUAUUUCUGCCACCUGGAUAUUAUCUGGGUCAACACGCCAAGUAAACUCCUUCCUUAUGGCCUUGGAAGUCCCUUGUCUCGCCGCCGCCGCUCAACUGACCGUUGCGAAUGCCUCAACCCAGCCGAUAAAACCUGCUCGGGUUUCUGCCGUAAAAGCUCAGAGAAUCCAAGGACUACUGUCGUGGGCCCAAAGACAGAAUCAAGCAAAAGCAGCAACAAAUUGUUGGCAUCAUUCAGAUCUGUGGUCAAGUCCAACAUGGUGAUCGCAAAAGAGAUUCUGUCAUCAAACAAGAACCCAGGAUGGGUCAACUGGCUGAGGAGCAGAACAAGGAGAUAGUGGAUUGAACAAAUACCAGAAGCAGUUCAAUCACCAUGGAUUCAACCUCCAUGGACCGGAGACUCCUCCAGCUGCCCUCAAUGCCAGCACCAGGGUUUAGACAUGUGUCAAAAGUCUUACCAACUCUGGGGAUGUGGAGGUGGAAAGAUGGAGGACAAAAGAGGCAGUGGAUAAAGUAUUUAAUCAACAAAGUAGAGCUUCAGACGACUGGCAGAUCACCAAGACAGAAGCUCUACGGCAGGAGCAAUGUUGGGUGGAGACAAAAUCCUUUCUUGAACUCUCGAACUUUUUGAACCUGGCAACAGUCUACACAUGUCAAGGAAGGAUCAAUUAAAGCUGAGCACACGGAAACUGGUGUCUGCCCUUUUGGGCGACCACAUCAAGAAACACUUAUCAGUCACCCGUCUGUGCUUAUUUGGUUUCCAUGGACACAUGCCUGUGACUCGUUCGGAAUGGUUUUAAAUCCACCACUCACAUGCACUAUGACAGGAUUGUAGGAUCAUUACAUAUUUCAGAGUCAUAUCAACUCUGUAUUCACUUAGGAAUUGUUUGUCAAUGUUUACUCGCAUUUCUUUGUAACUAUUCUGUCAUUGCUGACCUUUGGUUCAGUUUUAUUUCCUCUGUAUCAGAGCUGGAAUCUGCUAAUGUUUAGGGCAAAUUAGCAAAUAGCUUUUUAAUUAUCAGGCAGUACUUGAAUCUGGCAGCUUGUUGGCUUUUGGCACACAUUGCCUCAUAGUGAAAUGAAGGUCAUUUCUUUGGGAUUUAUCUAACAAACAAUUAGCUUUAUACAAGGUCCAUUGUCUCCUCUACACACACAUAUACAGUAUACUUUCUGCUAGCAUAACAACUACACUAGGCCUAUUGUGUUGGCUGCAGUGUUUAUUGCAUAGCUCCUAUUUAAUGUUUUGAUUGAAGAUAAGCCAGAAGGUUUCAAUGAUGUGCAGCUUGCCAAAAAAUGCAACAAUUGUUUUCUCCCCUAACAAAUGUUCACUUAAUUCCUCUGUAAUUAGUCACUGGGAAAGUAUGACUCUCAACUUGUGUUAUGCACUUCAAAAGCUAUUUAUCUAUGUUUACCCUACCAUGUCUGAUUGUAGUCGACUCAUGGACACAUGCAAAUAUAAACCUUCAUUGUCACUUAAAGAACAUUCUUCCUCAAAUAUCUCAAUGCUGUAUCUGAUGGACAGUUUACCAGCUUGGACGUUUACUGUUAAAUGCUGAAUGAUAUUGUAAAUGGAACAAUUUAUUUAUUCAAUAACUUAUUCAGGAAUGGAUUUAUAUUUGUAUGAAUGAUGCACUGAAUUGUGCAUGAGAAAAUAAAAAUGCAAGAAAACA